AUGGGAAAUUGCCGUUCUUCCACCGCCGUCGCCGUCGUAUCUGUUUCUCACACGGCCAAGUUGAUCCUUCCAGACGGACAACUUGAAGAAUUUUCAUCAUCUGUUAAGGUUUCAGAACUUACUACAUUAAAAAAACUGUCUUUUCCAUGUUUCAUCUGUGAUUCCGAUGAGAUGGAAUUUGAGGAAUUUGUUUCAGCCAUGGAAGCUGAUCAAUUGUUGUUACCGGGACAACUUUACUUUGCUUUGCCUUUGAGCUGGUUGUCGAGGCCUCUUCAGGCUGAAGAAAUUGCAGGUUUAGCUUAUAAAGCAAGUUUGGUUCUUGAAAGUAAUAAUAAAAGAUUAGGAAGAAAGGUGACUGAUAAUAGUUGGUUGAUGUCGUCGGAUCAUCAUCGCCGGCGGCGGACUGAAGUUUCUUCCCGGCCAGGUAUACAAAUUAGUAGUAAUGUUAUUAGAGUUGGCAUGAAAUUGAGUAUAAUACCAGAAGAUGAUGAUCAAGAAGUUGAAUAA